AAAAGAACAACAUCGUUCGGUUGUGACGUCGUGCUGCGCAGCGCGGCUAUUUUCGUUCCUCUGAUAGGCGACGGACAUUUUGUUUUGACAUUGUGACGCAAGCGAAAACGGAGUAUUGGAAAUGCCUUUGAACGCGGUUGGCUGGUCCUCAGAGGAGGACGAGAAGCUUGUGGAAUUGGUGCAGCCUCAUAGUUUUUUGUACAAUGUGUUUGAUCCUUCGAGGAAGAAUAUACUAGCGAGAGAAACGACAUGGCAGGAAAUAGCGGAGCAACUAUCGAAGCCAGUUGAAGAAUGCAAGAAACGCUGGCGAGGACUCCGUGAUGGAUACACAAGGAUAAAGCGACUAGGAACUAUGCAUAAAACUAAAGUCGUUAUAUAUGAAAAGUUGCAAUUCUUAGACGGAACAUCCUUGGACGGUACUGAGGAAACGAUAAGGCUUGAAGAAGAGAAUACGGAGGAACAACCAGUUAUGGACGAGUCAAUUGGUACCGAACAGCAAGUUAUUACAGACAACCAGGAAUAUUAUGAGAUCACGCUGGUUGAUGGCCCUCAAGCACCACUCAAGCCAUACAUAAAAAUACUACCAAAAAAAGAAACAAGUGAAGAGCCACCGAAAAAAAUAUGCAGGAAAAACGCUGGCAGAAAGAAAGCAAUACCUGUGCCUAAAAAUAUACCUCCUAUAAAAAUAUUACCCAAACCAAUAGUAAUGAAUGGGCCUAAAAUAGUACAUUACGUAGAAGACCCCAAAGUGCCAGAACAAAGGUCUCAAACCAUAGACAAACUAAUAGAAAAAAUAUUAAAAGAAAACACUAACGAAAUAGAUGUGUUCUUUCGAAGUAUGGCAGCUAGUGUUAAGAAAUUACAGCCUAAUUUAAUACCUAAAGUCAAAAUGGAAGUGUGUAAUGUUAUUGCUAAAUACGAAAUGCAAAAUUUUGACAAAAAUCUCAAUUUCUAGCAUGAAAUUUGACUUAUUGAGCUAGACCAAAAUGUUUAUCGACGUGGGUGACUAAGUGGAUACAGAUCUUAGCUGUAUUAGAGGCUAAAAUGUGGAAAAAUUAUAAAAAAAUACUGCAAUAUUAAGAUAUUAUAUGAUUUGUUAACAUAAGGUGAAGUUUUGACCUCCAAAAGUGUUGUUUCGUGUCAAUAGGUCUUCUAGUCGCCUUACGUGUAAAAUAAAUGAUUAUGUUAAUUUAUCGCUAGUUUCAGCGAAUUACCCACCUGAUAUUUCGCUAGAUUUAACGGAGAUAAGAUCUAUAACAAAUCAUAAAAAAUAAGUAAAAAGUACGAAUAUAUUGUAAUCUUGGCUGUAUGAGUUAUGAUCAUUGCCUAACAGUCAGUUAAUUUUUAAGAACGUGAUUUUUGUCUAGUCUCUGUUAAAUUGGCGCCAUUAUUGACAGCGGUGAUUUUUGUUACUAAAUAUUGUCACAUAUACACUAAAAUAGAUGGCUAAAUAUUAUUCACUUGUGAUAAAGACUUAUAGUGUAGAAUAUUACAUUUUUUGACAUACUGAGUAUGAAAACGAUUGUUAUAAAUAAUGUUUUAUUGAACAGAUACGGUACUACUGAUCUUAUUAAAAAUAAAAAAUACUUUAAGUGAA